UGUCCUGACAGGCUACCUGGACAGGAGCCUCCCAAAGAAGACCUGACGGUGUCGGAGAAGUUCACGCUGGUUCUGGACGUCGCUCAGAAAGCUCAGAACCUGUUUGGCAGGAUGGCGAACAGGCUGGAGAAAAUCAAGAAUUUGUUCAUUUGGGUUCAGCCUGAGUUGACUCAGAAGCUGUACGUUGGUCUGUGGCUGGCCUUCAUCUCCUCCUGCCUGCUGCCAUUCAAACUGCUGGGAUUCUUCAUAGGUGUGUACGCAGGUAUAAAGUUCUUCGUCAUCGACUUCCUCUUCAAGAGCUGUCCGAAGCUGAGGCAGCGCUUCGACACGCCGUUCAUCAUCUGGACCCACCUGCCCACCGACCUGCAGCUGAAGGAGCACGGCGGCUCCACGCUCACCAGGAGGGUCACGUUAACCAGCGGGCGGGGCAGCGUCGGCCCGGCGGCUCCUCUCGGUGCGAGCCGGGAUGAAGACGGAGGGCGAUACAGCAGCACCAAGAGAGGAGCUUUCCACGAAGUGUUCAACCUGCAGGAGAGCGAGCGCCCCCUGACAGUGUGUGAGAGCGGCUGGCGCUGCUGCCUCAUCAACAGAGACAGGAAGUCGCCCACUGACUACAUCCGCAACGGAUACCUCUAUGUCACCGAGAAUCAUCUGUGUUUUGAGAGCUCCAGCUCCAGAUCCGGAUCCUCCAAGAGGAACAAAGUCAUCAAACUGGCCGACAUCACCGACAUCCAGAAGUACAAAGUGUUGUCCGUGCUGCCGGGGUCAGGCAGCGGCAUCUCCAUCGCAACGCCGUCCACAACAAAGCCGAUGGUGUUCGGCGCGAUGAUCCACAGAGACGAGGCCUUCGACGCCAUCUUUAACCAGCACACGAAAAUCGUUUCCGCGGCAACAGCCAUCGAACCAGAGACGUAGUAACACCUUCACAAGGCUGCCGCCACACACACGCACACACACACACACACACACACACACACACACACACACACACACACACACACACACACACACACACACACACACACACACACACACACACUGGGACUGUUAUACUGUUAAUUAACCAGUUUUUAAAUAAUCCAGUGACGUUAAAUCACAGAUUUUUUGUCACCAAUGACUUCUUAAACAAGUUCCCACAAAACAGGAAACAAUAAGGUACAUUUUUAGUGCUAAUUAAUUGAUAAAUCCUCAAUUAUGUCCGGUAUUUAUCUCUGGAAUAAUGUCCUGCAUAUUAACGAAUAUUGUCCAGAAGGCGUAAGGAUAUUGAUCUUAAUUAACCGCGUAUAAUACGGCUGUACCAGAGAUACAGUCUAUGGGCUGUACCCAAUAUUUUGAAUCUACAUCCAUUAUGUUGACAUUUGUAAUUGUAAAUCAAAAUGAAAGCUGCACAAUAAUUUGUAAUAGUUUUUAAAAAAUGGUUUUAACUAUAUAUGGAUUUUCUUGGUAAUGAAUGACUUUUGACGGUUCAAAAAAAAGAGUUACUGGUACUUAUGACCCUUUUUGAGUUAAGGAUCUCUCAAAAACUUAACAUAAAUAUUCACUUACGACGAUAAAAUGUAAAGAAUAGAAGGAAAUUGGCAAAUUUAAGAUUUAGAAACACAUCCUGCCAUUUUUGCAUAAAAAGUUACUUAAAAUUAUAAAUGUAUUAUCAGAAAAUUAUUUUACUGUCAAUUUUGUUUG